AUGUACUGGCUAAAUGGAGUCCCCCGGGUGUACGCGGUCAAUGGACCUAGCAUUCCUUUGACAUCAUCGCCGAGCGAUCAAGAAGAACCUACAAACGAGUUUCCCGAAGAUGAGGGUAUUCAGCGUGAGAAACCCGCCGUCGUGCCGGAGGACCAGAAGCCCCCCGCCGCAUGGGCCGAGGAGGUCAUUAAGGGCCUCUGUAACUCGAGGAACGGACAGUUGUUUGCGACGAUGACGGAGUCUUCUAUUUCAGUUUGGCAAACCAAACCUACUGUCGUGGUAGCUACCGUCGCUCGAUCUCAAACAUCAUUAAAAGCUUAUGGCCCAAAUGUGUCUCUCCUCCUACACCCCGAUUCCACCAUUCUAGUUGCGCAAACCCAGAAUGGAUAUUUACUUACAUACACCGUGGCCUCAGAUGCCAAUACCCGAGUCUAUCAGCAACAGUUUGAUCACUCUAACCCGCACCGCCGUCAACAACUUGCGCGUCAUUUUGGAAGCGAAGAGUUCAAUGGAAUUAAAGACGUCAGCAUCCGGUUUAGAAUGGCCAUCAAAGUAGAGUCCGGUAUUGUGGGAGCAUUGGCCUUGGAUAACGAACUUGUUGUGGCCACCCUCAAACCCGCCGCUAUUCAAUGCAUCCGCUGGACUCCGGACAAGAAUGGCACGCAAACGACCUCGGAACUACUGAGUCGAAUACUCAAUACGCCCAAGAAAAUCACAGUAACUGAAAUGGUCUAUGAUCGAGCUAUGAGUCUUUUAAUAUGGAUCACAAGCGAUGGGCAUGCCUAUACUGUACAGAGAAAGACAGAUGCGCCCGAAACAGAGCAAUCCGCCAAACUCUUCAAAGGUCACUGUUUCCAUACUCCUACAAGCGACAACGACAAGGCAAUCAAAGCCGCUGUGAAUGCAAGGUUUUCUUUACUCGCAGUCAGUUGCAGCAAUGGCGAUAUUUUAGUAUAUACAGCAAAGGAUUACGUCGGGAACGUGGUACUUUCACACAGACUCCAACCACCUGCCUCGACUAAGGCUACAGGAGAUUUGACCUUUAUGAGCUAUUCACCUGACGGUUACUGCCUCUUCGCGGGUUUUCAGAAGGGCUGGGCUAAUUGGAGUGUCUUUGGCAAACCCGGAGGUAACAGCUUCACAGCCGAUCGCUCUCUAGCUGAAAGCAAUUCUGAAGACUGGCUGACUGGGGUAUCAAUGGGAUGCUGGAUUGGAGGUGGCUCUGAUAUUAUAUUAUCAGCUCAAAAUGAUCGCCGACUGUGGUUACUGGAAACAGCGCGCAGCGCUUUGACGGGGUGUUACUCACCAGCGAACUUGUCCAGGGCACUCUUGCAAACUGGGACCGAGAUUAUAUUAUACCGAGGCCACGAUCUACCAGAUUUGAUGACGAUCUCUGGAAAGGACUCCUUGUGGCACCAUGCACAAUAUCCGCCUGCAUACCUUCAUGCACAGUGGCCUAUUCGUGCCUGUGUCGUGUCACAGGAUGGCCGAUAUGUUUCUAUUGCAGGACGAAGAGGUCUUGCUCAUUAUAGCGUCAGUAGUGGUCGCUGGAAGACAUUUGAAGACUCAAGUGUGGAGAAUUCUUUCGCUGUACGAGGGGGUAUGUGCUGGUAUGGUCAUAUUCUAAUUGCAGCUGUUGAAAGCAAUGGCUCGUAUGAGCUUCGUUUGUAUUCCAGAGAGUUGCCUCUGACCAAUCAUAACAUCUUACAUACUGAGUACCUGCCUUCACCUGUCGUUUUUAUUGGGCCUUCAGGCGAAGAUUCACUUCUCGUAUACACUUAUGACAACAUACUCUAUCACUACGUGAUAAAUUCCACGUAUGGUAGCGUGUCUUUGGUACCUGUAGGGCAGAUCGCAUUUUACGGGAUUGUGCGAGCGCCUACGAGGGUUCGUUCCAUUAGUUGGAUCCUGCCAGAAGAGCAGAUGCGAAAUGGAGACCCUUCACAAGAUGUCAAGGUGGCAUCGGUUUUAUUGCUCGUAGAUGGCAAUCUGGUUCUGUUGCAGCCAUCCGUAUCCGACACUGGAGAUUUGAAAUACGAUAUGCGUAUAGUUGCCCAAGAUGUAGAAUACUACGUCUUGAUGCGGGAUCAACUAUCCUUCAAUUUCUCCCCGCCGGCAGAAGAGCCAGUGCCUAGCAGUCCUUCGGCUGAAGUUGUUCUCAAAGCGGCUCAAAGCAAUCUGUCCCUCAGAGAUUCACUGUGGAUGUUCUGCGGACGGGAUCUCGUUGCAUGGAGCGAUGUUCAAGAGAUUCUGCAGCGUGAAGAUGUCCCAAAGCCACUUCCCGUUCCGGUGGACUUUUAUCCAUUAUCAGUUCUAUUGAACAAAGGGAUCAUACUUGGAGUAGAGUCCGAGAUGAUUCAAAGGCGCGACAUAACCUUCUCCAUCUUAAAAUAUGCUAUACGAACACACCUUUUCCUGCCAUACUUCCUCCAGCAUAGUCUAGCCAGUGUUGACAUGCCGUCAGCUCUUUCACUAUCACACUACUAUUCUCACCUAUCAUAUUUCCCCCAUGCUCUCGAAGUACUUCUUCAUCAUGUUCUAGACGACGCUGUUGAUGGCCCCAACCGAGACGAAUCACUGCCACUACUGCCGUCUGUCAUUUCAUUUCUGCAAGCCUCGCUUCCGGCAGACGUCUAUCUUGAUAUCGUAGUGCAGUGCACGCGAAAGAAUGAGAUUCGCUCAUGGCGCACUCUAUUCGCGCAUCUUCCACCGCCGAAAGACUUGUUUGAGCAAGCAUUGAAACUCAGAUCACUGAAGACCGCAGCAGGUUACCUACUAGUUCUCCAAGCCCUUGACGAUGAAGACGAAGAGACUAGCAAGGCCAGAACCGAAGAUUCUGCAGUACGGUUACUUGGACUUGCGGCUCACAAAAGCGACUGGGACCUCUGCGCCGAACUGGCCCGGUUUUUGAUUGCACUUGAUGGAUCCGGAGAAAUGCUGCGCCGCACGAUUGACCGAGUCGGCAUUCGACGUUCUAUGACGGGACAAAAACCGGGAAACCCUACAGAGACUUCUAAUCGGAACAUGCGCGGUUUGGGUUUGACUCUGGGCAUCCCUGCGGUACCGUCAUCUCUUUCUCCACGACGCACACAACACCGCCGUCGAAAGGGCAGCGAUAUGUCAUCAAUUGCCAGCGAUGGCACAGCAUCCAACCUCUCGCCAAUCAUGUCAAAAACCGAUGACGAAGGCGCGUCUGUCUCUGAAGGUGGAAGCAGUGGACUCGAUGACUCCUAUCAUAUUUCUUAA